GAAGCAGGGAAAUUUGUAACAUGUGUGCCAGCAUGCAGCAUGCAGCACGACGCUAGACAUAAAGUCGACGAUAGUUUAGGUUUGAUGGAGCUGCGUUUGAAUUGAUAAGAAUACUUAGCAGCUAGAGGCGGCCAUGUCUUCAUCUUAUAACGACGGGACACCAGGAUCGGCCACGGGCAAUGGACAGCAGCCCACUGGUCACCUGUCCAGACAGCAGAAGAAGUUCAGGCGGAGACAUGUCGGUUCUGAGUCGACCCUGAGAGGAUCACCUGUCCCCUCACCUUUACCUGCAGCUGCAACACCUGGCACAGGUGCAACACCUAGUGUGGUCAUGGCACCCAGAGGUCUGACUGUGAUGCAGUUUAUGGAGGCCCGAGCUGUGGAGCUGAAUAGUCUGCUACAUUUGGCCCAGAAGUCCUACCGCAGCAAGCACACUGUGCAGUCCCUGCCCCGACACAUGCGCAGGCGGGCUGUCAGCCACAACCCCAAACGGCUGCCACGCAGACUACGGGAAGCUGCCACCAAAAAGAUGUUGCGGAGCAUGCAGCCUGGCCAGCAGAUGGAGAAGCCGCGCCGACCCAGGAAGUGGUACCGGCAGCGAGCGGCAAACCGGCAGGCGGAGUACGCCCGGCGUCAGAAUCAUGUCACCUGGCUGGAGACACACGUCUGGCAUGCCAAGCGCUUCCACAUGGUCAACAGGUGGGGAUAUCGGCUUCCAGACUACCCAUGUGACAAAAGUCAACGGGCAGCCUACAGGGCCAUGUGCCACCACUGUCUUAUACAGGACAUCUCGUAUUAUGGCUGUAUCGAGCUGACUGGUUCUAAGGACAACAUCCUGAGUUUGCUAGCACACUUCACUCACCUGGACAAAGGUGGCUCUAUCUCUAUGUUCUACUCAGAAGGAAAGGUGGAAGGAACAGCAAUACUGUACCGCCGGGACAGCUAUCCUAACCACACCCUGGGACCGGUUACUUACAUGUUCAGGCCUCAAACUGAAAACAGUAAGGAUACUUUUGCAACAUCUUCCUGCCAGCUGUGGCUGUGGACCCACCCUGCCUGCACCCAGGACAUCCUGCAGGAGCUACAGCAGGGGAUGUCUGACACCAGUGUUCGUGUCCAGUCUAUUGGCGAUGAGCUGGUGAGGUUUCAGUUAACCGGGCAGCUUGCUGCAGCUACGCUGGAGAGUGCCCUGAAUCUCCCACCCUUACAGAAUGAGACAGUACGGCCAGGACAAGUGCUGUCCCUGACAGUGGUGGAUCCUCGUCUCAACAUGCCCAGCAAGAGAACCAAAGUCACUCCACUCACACAGGAAGCUGACCCAGCAGAGUUGAAGUGUGACACAGGACUGUGGGAUGCAGAGAGGAGAAAAACGUUACAAACACCAUCAGGACAGGACAGCAGGAGUAUUGAGAAGAGAGAUGUUGCUGGAGAUGAUGGACCUGUUACCGGGGACAACAGAUGUGUUCCCAUUCUACUGGUGCAUCAGCAGGGGCGCACGGCUGCCUCUGCCUUAGGGACUGGCUGGGACGUGAUUGUGCCUGCAGGCUGGGCCAUGGCCUUCUGGCUGGGCUUCCUGUACAGGGGGGCCCGGGCAGGGGGGCUGAGAGAAAUGAGGCGACUGCACCUGGAAACUGGCCAGCUGUUUUUUCCCGACGACUUUCCAGAUACAGAGGCAUACCGGACAUUCCACCAGGAACAGGCAGCUCAGCUAAGGGAACAACAUGACAGGUACCCACCAGGGAAAAGGCCCAACUUUGUCAAACUGGGAACUGCUGCCCCUUUCCACUGCCCCUGGGACCGGCUGAUGGAAGGGUGGACACAGGUUGCAGGGACCUCCUCCCCAGGGCAGCCCCAGGGUCUCUGCGUUGUCAGGGACAGCAGGAUUCGCCAGCAGCUGUCCCAGCUUUGUAGUCAUGGCAACCAUCCUGACCUGCAUCUCAUCACCCCGCUGCUGGCCCCUGUUCUCACCAACCUGGUGGCAGUACAGCUGAGAAUGGUGUCCCGGGGAACACCAGUUGCCAUGGCAAUGAUCUGUGCCCCCACAGAGGAGGAUGUAUCAGGGUGUGUGUCGUGUGACCCCGUGGAACCGACACACACGGAGGGGACGAUAAGCCAUGACUGUGACGUUGUCAGACAUUGUUCCAGGUUAACGAUGGGGUAUGUUACAGCAGGAGCCAACAGUCUGUCAGUAGGGCAGGGUGUGGGGACCGGCCUGUGUGUGGUGCAGGGUCUGCUGGCUGCUCUACAGGUGCAGCAACACCGGCAGCCUCCUGUGGUGCUGGUGCGCAAUCCUAACUCUGCACAGUACCGAUUUGCACACAUAACUGUCCUGUAAAUGUAAUACAGUAAGGCUCAAUGGAAUAAAGGAGAAAAUUCAUUGUGUAGUGAUGGGAUCCUUUAUACUGUUGUGUGUGUGUGCAAGUCAGCUGAUAACAACCCAAACCCUCUUACUUUUACAUUACUGCUGCACAGUGGGUCUGUAUAAUAACCACCCAGUGUUAUAUUACUGCUGCACAGCGAGUCUGUAUAAUAACCACCCAGUGUUAUAUUACUGCUGCACAGCGAGUCUGUAUAAUAACCACCCAGUGUUAUAUUACUGCUGCACAGCGAGUCUGUAUAAUAACCACCCAGUGUUAUAUUACUGCUGCACAGUGAGUCUGUAUAAUAACCACCCAGUGUUAUAUUACUGCUGCACAGCGAGUCAGUAUAAUAACCACCCCUGCAGACAGCAUAUGGUGACUGGGAAGCUCAGGUGAAAAUUUAUUGCACAGCAAUCCAUCCGGUGACACCAUUAAAUGAGGCAGAUCAUAACUACAUCAUUUGCGGAAUAACAAUUGUGCACAAUAGAAUUUUCCGUCCUCGGUUACAUUGAUUACAGUCUACUCCCUCAGGGGGAGUACCAGGGAUGAGUAAUAGCGCCAGUACCGGUAGUAUCAAUUGCGUUCGACUGGGAACAGUUUAGGGCAGCAGAGCUUAUGCAAGAUGGGAGAUAACAGUACGGACUACACCAUCACUAACAGCAAACCUUUGGAUCUGUGUAUUACAGUUAUUUGUUUUAACAAAUAUUAUUUGUAGGGAACAUUACAGUUGAUACCCAGGAAAGCACCAGAUAUAUACAUGUAUAUAUUUUUUUGAGAAAUACUUCUAUAUAUUAAUACACUUAUAUAUUGGUAACCGGGUACAAUACCCUGAGUCAUUUACAAUACCGUAGAUCUGACAUCGGCUGUAUCAUGUCAGUAACUAUAAUUUUGUGCAUGUAGUGCUCCGUUUAUAUUAAGAGUGUUUUCAGCACCUGCACGGUGUACAGUCUUCGUGUUUACAUCAGAACGUUCUUCCCGCAUAUAUCUGGCCCAUUCUUACUCUUGUCACGUCCAGCCGGCUGCAGCAUUCUCCGCACGUCCGUGAUGGAUGAGGCGAACAGGACGCUCCGUACAGCGGAACCCAUCAUACAGUGUAAUGAGGGACGCUGUCUCCUGGCGUGACACUAAAUCAUCAGGACAGGUCAGCGGAACGCACAAGGAAUAAAGAUGAAGCUGCCGUAGUUGAAUAGUAUACUAGUAUCAGAGAAUCACACCCAUCUGUGGCGCUUGUUUUAAUGGAAGUUUGUCACACGAUACUGCCAUUCAUAAUUUGCUUCUAUUAAGUUAUGUUGAAAUAAUCGGAAGGUAUCACUACAUCCACAGUCAUUACGGCACAUAUUGAUCACACUAGUCUGACGACUGCUGUUCCCCAGUAGCUAAUCCUACAGGCUAAACAGAGCGGCUCCCUGGAGCUCUUAUUGAUUUUUCCAAUCUUUUACACAUUUACAGAGAUUGAUCUCGGAGCCAAAGUGUCGACAUGUACUCGUUCCGGAAGCUGCAAACGGCCGAUUACACAGUUAGGGUCGUAGUGCAUACUACACAUAAUUCAUGUGGCGCUAUUACAGGGUCCUACUUCUACUACACAUAAUCCAUGUAACGUCGUUACAGGGUCCUACUACAUACACUUCAUGUAACAUUGUUACAGGGUCCUACUACACAUACUUCAUCUAACAUUGUUACAAGGUCUUACUGCGUUACACCGCUGCAGGGUCCUACUUCGGGUCUUGUUACGGGAUGUUGUCAAUUGUAGGGUUAAUUAGGCUCUAAAUUGCACAAUGUAUUUGUAUGUGUUGAUAGGACCUUAUAGCGGUGUAAUCGAUCUUUUGCAACUUCCGGAUCUGUCAGACAAGAGUUAAUCAUCUGCGUUUCUUGUACAGUCAUAGACAUUUACUAUGCUUUGCAGGUAAGAUAUGAAGGUAUAUCUUGUACAGGAUACAAAAUUUACAUAUGGACUUUAAUUAUAAUCUACUUUCAGUAUAAUGUGAGGUAAUUUACA